GAAUUUCAGGUUUUAAAAUAAAUACAAUCAUCAUUUUCUUUUCUGUUAUUACAGUACAAGAUUUUCUCUGUUUUCUUCAGUUACUUCAUUUGUUAAUCACACAUGAUUUGUUGUCUUAAAUCAAUAAUUUUUGUAUUUACACUCUGCACACAAUUUGUCUGAAAAUUUAAUCACAAUUUUUUUUUCUUUCAAAUUUUCUGAUUUUUGGUAUUCUGAUCAAUGGAGAAUUCUAAUGGCAAUGUUCUUGAGCUAAUUGUUAAACAAGAAGAGCCUAUUCUUGUUAAACCAGAGAUCGAAACAGAGAAAGGUUUAUAUUUCCUGUCGAAUCUUGAUCAAAACAUCGCGGUGAUUAUUCGUACGGUUUAUUGCUUUAAAUCGGAGGGAAAAGGGAAUGAAAAUUGUGCAGAAGUUAUCAAAAAUGCGUUGGAAAAGGUUCUUGUUCAUUACUACCCUCUUGCCGGCCGGUUAAUGAUCAGCCCCGAGGGGAAGCUUAUUGUGAAUUGCACAGGAGAAGGUGCGGUUUUCGUUGAGGCUGAAGCAAAUUGUGGAAUGGAAGAGAUUGGUGACAUAACAAAACCUGACCCUCAUACUCUUGGAAAGCUUGUUUAUGAUAUUCCUGAUGCUAAGAAUAUUUUGCAGAUGCCUCCUCUUGUUGCUCAGGUGACGAAAUUCAAAUGCGGAGGAUUUGUGCUUGGAUUAUGCAUGAAUCAUUGUAUGUUCGACGGAAUUGGAGCUAUGGAAUUUGUAAAUUCAUGGGGAGAAACAGCAAGAGGCUUACCACUUUCCGUUCCACCAUUUCUAGACAGAACCAUCCUCAAAUCCCGAAACCCGCCAAAAAUCGAGUAUGUCCACCAAGAAUUUGCAGAGAUUGAAGACAAAUCCAACACCAGUAGCCUCUACAAAGAAGAGGAAAUGACCUAUAAGUCCUUCUGUUUCGACCCCGAAAUGCUCGAACACAUCAAAACAAAAGCAUUACAAGACGGGGUUAUCGACAAAUGCACGAGUUUCGAAAGCCUGUCAGCUUUUGUAUGGAUAGCAAGAACAAAGGCACUUAACAUGAAACCUGAGCAACAAACAAAGCUGCUAUUUGCAGUUGAUGGAAGGGCUAAAUUCAACCCCCCAUUACCAAAAGGGUAUUUCGGGAAUGGAAUUGUGUUGACAAACUGUAUCUGCCAAGCAAGUGAAUUGUCAGAAAAACCAUUGUCAUAUGGAGUUGGAAUUGUUCAGGAUUCAAUCAAAAUGGUGACAGAUUCUUACAUGAGAUCAGCUAUAGAUUAUUUUGAAAUGACCAGAGCUAGGCCUUCAUUGGCUUCAACUUUGCUUAUAACAACAUGGUCAAGAUUGUCAUUUCACUCCACAGAUUUUGGUUGGGGAGAGGCAAUUCUGUCCGGACCGGUUGCCUUGCCGGAGAAGGAAGUAAUUUUGUUCUUGUCACAUGGUAAACAGAGAAGAAGUAUUAAUCUGCUUCUUGGUUUGCCUGCUUCUGCUAUGGAAAUUUUCCAAGAACUUGUUCAGAUUUAAAUAAACAAUUUAUUAUAUAUUUAUAUUUAUUAUGUUUGCUUUUAUUUAUUAUGUUUGUAAUGGACUCUGUUUAUGGUCUGAUUUGGACAAAAUUAUUGUAUGAAACUCUUUGUUUUCUCAUUUUAUGAAGCAAUUCAAGUUCCUCGUAAA